AUGUUUAAACAAUCGGUCAGUGUCCACAAUGUGCUAACACAGCAGAGGCCGAGACUUCGACUGAGAUGCCAAUUGCUAUUGCUCCUGCUCCUUUUACUCCUCUAUGCCAUGGCCGGAAUAGAGGCUGGCUCACUCGACUGGCAACAGGUUAAGCCAAUGUAUCUGGUCUCUAUGUAUCCGUCGUUUGAUAUGCAUCAAAAACAUCAACAAUCAACGCAAUCAACUUCACUGUCAGCCUUCUCCUCGCUGGAACAAGAUGCGGAAGUUAGCGAGAGUCGUCAUCAUGAGCAUGAGCAUGCCAUGGACAUGCUGGCCAGUAAUGAGGAUAUAUCCACAGAUCUCGAUGAACCCGAACCAUUGGUCUUGAAUCUAGAGACGACACCGUUGAUGGAGCAAAUGUUACCCGAGGGAGCCAUGGCCAUGGAUCGUAUUUUCGGUGGCAAUGUGGGUAAUCCACAUUGUUUUCCCUAUCAAGUGGGCAUGCUAUUGCAGAGGCCGAAAGGUUUAUAUUGGUGUGGCGGUUCACUCAUAUCGGAGCAAUAUGUUUUGACAGCCGCUCAUUGUGUCGAUAUGGCAAAACGUGCACUUGUCUUUCUGGGAGCCAAUGAGAUUAAAAAUGCCAAGGAAAAGGGUCAAGUUAGAUUAAUGGUACCAAAUACCAAUUUUCAUAUAUAUCCCACAUGGAAUCCAAAACGUUUGAAGGAUGAUAUUGCCCUGGUACGCUUGCCCCAUGCUGUUAGCUUUAAUGAACGCAUCCAUCCCAUACAGCUGCCAAAGCGUCACUAUGAGUAUCGAAAUUUUAAAAACAAACUAGCCAUUGCCUCCGGCUGGGGUCGUUAUGCCACAGGAGUUCAUGCCAUUAGCAAUGUUUUGCGUUAUGUCCAGCUGCAGAUAAUCGAUGGAAGGACAUGUAAGAACAAUUUUCCAUUGUCAUAUCGUGGCACAAAUAUAUGCACCAGUGGACGCAAUUCCCGCUCCACUUGCAAUGGCGAUUCUGGUGGUCCUUUGGUCCUGCAACGACGUCACUCCAAGAAACGUGUCCUUGUCGGCAUUACAUCAUUUGGCAGCAUUUAUGGUUGCGAUCGCGGCUAUCCGGCGGCCUUUACCAAAGUGGCCUCCUAUUUGGAUUGGAUAAGCGAUGAGACUGGCGUACAUUCCUAUCAGGAUACCACAGAAGCCAUCUUCUUUGACCAAUACAUCAAGGACUAUAGUAAAAAGAAGCGCCAGCAAUCGAAUCGCAAACAAAUGGAAAAGCAACGUGAAAGAGAGGUUGAGCUAGCAGAUGAUGAUGAUCAGCCAGAUGAACUCGAUGUGACAUCAUCAUCGUCAUCAUCAUCAUCGACGGAGGAACGUCCACCAGCCAGAUCCAAGUCUGAAUUUGAAUUUUAUUUUCUAUAG